AUGGAUAAAUUCGUCACUCUGGGCAGUUUCAAAAAUGUUCAGGGCACGAGACUCAAAGAUAUUCGUGCGAUGCUGAAUAGUGAGAAUGGGUUGAGCGUUAGGCUACAAGGAUCCCCCUUCUGUAACAAAGUUGGGGCUGUUGCGAAUGAGAACUUGCAUUUCACUGAGUAUAUCAAGUCACUCGAUAGGGGUGGAACGAAGAGCGAAGAGGAGAAGGAAGAGGAGUCUGACAAGCAGGGAUAUUCUACUCAAGUUCCCGGCGCAGAUCAACCAGUCGCAGAAUCACAGGCAUAUGCUGUCUAUUUCAAAUCUCGCGCAUUGACUUCGGAGAUGAACGAUGUGACCAAAGAGUUUCUGAAAGAGAAGCUAGAGCUUGAGUUGCGAAAAGCAGAAAUCAGUAAGGUGGACAAACCAGACAUCCUGACCAGCUCUUACGAUCACGCAAGCUUUAUGGCUGGAGCUGGUAAAGGAGCAGUUGUCCAUCCCACCGACAUGACUCAAGGACAAUGGAAUACCGUCUUGGAAACCAAUGCCCUUCUGCAUGCAAGUUACGUUAGACUGUUGCGUAAGGGCACCGUUUGUAAAGUCGAACGAGCCAUGUAUCCAGCAUUUCAGUUGAGAUCCCGACUGUUCCUUGACUUUAAUGCUUCAAAGGAUGAUAAAGACAUCGUUAUUCCAGCGAGGCAUUUGUUCAUCCCUCGUUUUCGAGUUGAAGAUGACUCUUAUGUCGAGGUGUCUGAGAAUAAAUCCUCUGUAGCAUCGGCCAUUGCCUCUAGUUCUUUGUCUGAGACUGCUGCUGAAGUUGCUGUUGGUGGAGGAGCCUUUGGUUACAGCGCCGGGGCUCAGGCUGGCUUCAAGGCAGAGGAGCAGGGAUCUGAAAGCAAGGCUACUAGUGAAGAAACAAGGCAUAUGAUCAUCACUUACAAUUUCCCUCGUGUUAUCCUUCAACUUGAUGAAGAAAGCCUGGAACUCACCGAAGAAUGCGCGAAUGAUCUCGCCCAUGUUACAGACAUGGCAUCUAUCACAUCUUUCAAAGCCAGAUAUGGAACCUUCUUCGCCACCCGCGUUGAACUGGGUGGUCGACUACACGCAACAGAAGACUCGGCCGCCCUGGGAAAGACCAGUGUAUCUGAGAAAUCAAAAGCAAUGAAAGCUGCUGCCAGUUUGAGCUUUUCCUCGCCAUGGGUCCAAGCUUCGGCUAGUGCUAGCUCUGCGUCGUCGAGUGCAAACAAGACGGAGAGCAGCGAGAGUUCGUUGAACGUGAGCAUGACAUGGGAGGCUAAAGGUGGCGAUACCUUGCUUUGCAAUAAUCCCCCAGCUUGGUGUUCCACUGUGGCUUCCUUUUAUAACUGGCGAGUGGUCAAGCAAGAAAACCUCCUGUCAAUCGAGGAUAUUAUAGCCAAAAUUCCUGGGCACGAAGAUGUCAAAAACAGAUUCUCGAGAAUUAUAGAAGGCGAGAAAGCAAAAGAGCGGGCUAUAAGUGAAGCUACUAUCCAAGUCCGUUUCCGCGAGACGGAGACCGGCCAUUACCUCGCCCUUGAGUCACAGCCCAGCAUGGCAAUAGCUAAUCAAAUAAAAUUGGGCGGAAAAGGCCCCGGACGCGUCACCUGGUUGAAAGAGAAUAUGAAAGAAUGGCGCCGGGUCCUUCUGCAAUCGGAAAAAUAUAUUUUCAAACUGCAUGGUAAGAUCACCACCACCGAUAGCAAAAGCCGUGUUCUUGCUGGCGGUGCCUACACUAUUUGUGACAUGGACGGCACCUAUUUAGAAGGUACACCGUUUGGCCCAUUAUACCCAGUCUCCUACAUGCACGAGGGGGCCAAAGAAACGGCGUGGAUUUUCACUAUGAACCCGCAGAACUCUUUGCAGGAGACACAUUCUGAUUUAGAACCGAAGGCUAGUGUUCAGUUUAGAAAAAAACCCCCUCGUGCUGUUCGUUGA